CCUCCCUCCUAGGCCCUCAGGCCCUGCUCAGAGCAGCCAUACACCAGCUGACAGCUGGGUAUGCCAGCCCCUGCCAGCCCUUCCUGAGGGUCAGGUGACCUCCCUUCCCCAGGCCCCUGGGGCAGACCUGAGUCUAGGCAGACCUCUCCACCAGCGCUAGGGUGGACAGCGAGUUCUCUGUGCUGGGACACUGGGAAGGACCUGUCCUUGCCCUGGGACUGCAGUCGGCAGGCACUGAAAGAAGAGACUACAUUCCACUGGACCCUCCCUUCCACACACUCGCUUCCCUGCUGCCCCUCCAGGAAGAAGGCCCUGGGGCCCCCUCCCAGGCUCACAGAGGGCCAGCUGUACCCUGACGGUGCCAAAGGCCAAGAAGGAGCAAGCUGAGGACCACGGACAGCCCGCCUCCAGUCCAGAAGCAGCCACCUGUGCGCCACGCCUUCCUCCUGUGGACACAUGGUUGUGCAGGACAGCACGGACGCCGGGGAUGCCAGAGUGGGCGUGCUGCUAGAGCCCUUCCUGCACCAGGUCGGGGGGCACCUGAGCGUGAUGAAGUAUGACGAGCACACUGUGUGCAAGCCCCUCAUCUCCCGGGAGCAGAGGUUCUACGAGUCCCUGCCUCUGGCCAUGAAGCGGUUCACUCCGCAGUACAAAGGCACCAUCACAGUGCAUCUCCGAAAAGACAGCCGAGGCCAUCUCAGCCUGGUAGCCAGCCCACUGAAGGAGAACCGGGGGCCCUUCAAGGUGUCCACGGAGUCGGCGGCAGUGGCACUAUGGAAGACCCUCCAGCAGACCUCAGGUGGCAGCGGUGGCGCCCACACCCUCGCCCAGUGGCGGCACACUCAGCUGGCACACUCACUCCAGGAGAGCCCAGCCACGUCACUCCUGAGGUCAGAGUUCCACCUCAAUGCCCAAGUGUCCUCGCUGGUGGAAGACGCCAAUGGGAACCAGGCCGAGAGGAGGAGCUUUAACCCGUGGGGUCUGCAGUGCCACCAGGCCCAUUUGACCCGCUUGUGCACGGAGUACCCGGAGAACCAGCGGCACACGUUUUUGUUGCUGGAAAACGUUGUAUCAAAGUACAAGCACCCCUGUAUCCUUGACUUGAAGAUGGGGACCCGGCAGCACGGGGACGACGUGUCCGAGGAGAAGAAAGCCCGUCACAUGAGGAAAUGUGCACAGAGCACCUCAGCCUGCCUGGGCGUCCGCAUCUGUGGCAUGCAGGUUUAUCAAAUUGAUAAGAAGCACUUUCUCUGCAAAGACAAGUACUAUGGAAGAAAACUCUCCGUCGAGGGGUUCAGACAAGCCCUCCAUCAGUUCCUGCAUGACGGAACCCGCCUCCGGAAAGAGCUCCUGGAGCCCAUCCAGAGCCAGCUCCGGGCCCUCCUCUCCGUCAUUCGGAACCAGAGCUCAUACCGGUUCUACUCCAGCUCUCUCCUCAUCAUCUAUGAUGGGCAGGAGCCGCCAGAAAGGACCUCAGGGGGCCUGCAUCCUCCGGAGGCUCUGCAGCCGGCCCACGGCAGCUCUUCCAGAGGUCUCUACAAAGUCGACGUCCGGAUGAUCGACUUUGCUCACACAACGUACAAAGGCUCCUGGAAUGAGCAUACCACCUAUGAUGGACCAGAUCCAGGCUAUAUUUUUGGCCUAGAAAAUCUCAUCCAGAUCCUGCAGGAUAUUCAAGAGGGGGAAUGAGGCUUGUUGGGCCUAUCGGGAUGUUUCUGGAGUGCAAAUAUGAAAAGGGACCUACUGAGAGCUAGGGUACUCUAGACACUGUUAGAUGUCUUUGUAAUAAUGAUUUCCAUGUUCAAAAGCCACACAUGGCAUAUUAAUGGCUGCUAAAGAAACCAAUUCUGGAGCUAAUUCCACAUACUCUGGCAUCUCACAGAUGCUGGUCGUCAGAGGCUGGACAGGCAGUGUGAAGUGGCACCGUUGUGGAGUACGCUGGAAGUCUGCAGCGUAAGUGAGAAGCCAGCAUUACAGUGAGAUUCUGGAGAAUUCGCAUUUAAAAAUGCUUUUUGUUGUCAUGCUGAAGUCUUGGCAAGCUGUGAGGCAA